AGGCCGAGCCCGUUUGGGUUUAUAUAAAUACAUGGUUAGGGUUUGAGGUCCAUAAGGUUUUCAUUAUUUUUGCUGCCACAAGAGGAAAAACCUUAGCAGUUGCAAUCUAUUCUCUGUGUGGAUUUCAUUGGAGGUUGGACAAUUGGACAGCUGUGGGAGGCAGAUUCAAGAUGCUGGAAAGGAAUAACGCGAAGGAAUUUGCAAAAUCAAGAAAAUUGGGUUAGUACUCCUGAAAAGUUGAGGCACGACAAUAUGGGCCAGGCGUUUGGUGGUAGACUUCGCAGCAGAUGAUGAAGUUCGAUCACAUACGAUAAUGGAUAGGAUUCAAUCUAUAAAGAAAGAGCUUACGAUGAUAAAGUCGAGUAGUGGAAGUGAUAUCUUGUUGUAGCACACAGUUCAGUUAGCCUCACAAGGUACUGGAUUGCAAAAUACUAUCGGCAGGAGCAUAUGCAAUCCUAAACAAUCGAAGAAAAAUGGCGCGUCUAAGAAACUUCGAAGGAAAAGCCCAUUGGAGACGUACUCAAAGAAAACGAAGGAAAGAGAGCAGCGAGCCAUAGUACCAUGGCAGAGUUUACACCAAAUGUUCAUGCAUCUCAAGAGCAACAAUAUUCCACGCCAACAAUUCUUGGGGGUGAGGAAAGUUAUGCGUUUACACAACACAUACCAUCAUCCACUAUGAUCCAGCCGGCAACAACAAAUGUUAUAUUAAAUUAUGAUGGUAAUGUGAUUCACAACUGCUAUCCCCAUGCACCACACAUCAAGUGGGCACAUGCUUGUGAUGGGACGUCAAAAGGUAAUGAUGGAGAAAUCCAUUACCACACUCUAAAUAUGCUUAGCAUUGACGUUACAAAGAAAUGUCUAGUCCAGAAGGGUGGAGUUCUUUUUUGCUAGAAAACAGCUAAGCAUCCUGUACUUAUGCUAUACAUUUGGAGGAAAAGAAUAGUAUGAGGGAGCUGAGAUUUUUCGUUACCAUUUGGCUUUGUUUUUCGAAGUAUUCACAUGUUGCUGCAGAUUGGAAGCUCGUCUGAACAAUUGCUCGCAAUGGAAGCUACCUUGUGAAGUUUUUUGGAUUUUUGGUGUUUGAAUGCAGUUGUCAAUAUGUAAUUGAUUUUUGUAUUUUAUAGAUUAAGACCUGGAUGUUAAUACAUAUGAUUUCUAUUAGCAGUC